UACAUGGCAUUGAGAAGUGUAUUGUCGUUGAAAAUGGCUCUGAAUUCAUGAGUGACACAGACAACGGGGCUCGCUAGAGCAUUACAUCCAUUAUGCUCAAUUAUCAUAGUCUUGGAUGUCGUGAGCAAGAGAUGUGUUGAGACAAGUCUCAGAUGAUGUUUGCAUAUGUACCAUGUACAAGUACCGGAUGAAUGUAUUGAAGAAAUGAACGCCUCCGCUCCGGCUUGAAAUCAUGACCUUGAUGACGUCACGUGUCACCUAUGCAGUUUUUCCCAGAAUCGCGCAUUCGAUCAGAUUAACUCGCGUUUUUGCUCUCAACCAGUUGUCCUUGAAACAUCCUUUGACACACAGAGGUCAAUAGGGAGGCACUAGUUACCCACUAAUCCAACCUUCACCAUCAACGAAAAUUAGCAAUGGGUGCAAGCCGCGCUGACAAGGAACUCUAUUUCGAAAAGCUCAAGGAGCUUUUGGCUAAAUACCCCUCUAUCUUCAUCGUCAACGUUGACAAUGUGGGCUCGAACCAGAUGCAUCAGAUCCGUGUUGCCCUCCGCGGCAAGGGUGUCGUCCUGAUGGGCAAGAACACCAUGGUCCGCCGUGCUCUCCGCACCAUCCUCGCCGACAGCCCCCAGUUCGAGCGUCUUCUUCCCCACGUCAAGGGGAACAUUGGCUUCGUUUUCACUUCUGGCGACUUGAAGGAGAUUCGUGAAGUUAUCGUUGCCAACAAGGUCGCCGCUCCUGCUCGUGCUGGUGCCUACGCUCCUAUGGACGUCACUGUCCCUGCCGGAAACACUGGUAUGGAACCCGGAAAGACCUCCUUCUUCCAGGCCCUCGGUAUCCCCACCAAGAUCGCCCGUGGUACCAUCGAAAUCGUGUCCGAUGUCAAGGUCGUCGUUGCUGGCUCGCGUGUCGGAACUUCCGAGGCCACUCUCCUCAACAUGUUGAACAUCUCUCCGUUCACGUACGGUAUGACUGUCGUCCAGAUCUUCGACGGCGGAAAUGUGUUCGCGCCGGAGGUCCUUGACAUCGACGAGUCGGUCCUCAUUGACCGCUUCAUGAGUGGUAUUAAGACCAUCGCUUGCAUCUCGCUCGCGCUCUCCUACCCGACCAUCGUCUCUGUCUCGCACAGCUUGGUCAACGCGUACAAGAAUCUCCUGGCAAUUUCUCUGGCCACGGAGUACACCUUCGAAGGUGCCGAGAAGGUUAAGGAGUAUCUCGCCAAUCCCGAGGCCUUUGCCGUUGCCGAAGCUGCCCCCACUUCAUCGUCGGCGCCGGCUGCUGCCGAGACCAAGGCUGAGGAGAAGCCCGCUGCCGAGGAAGAAGAGUCUGACGAGGACAUGGGCUUCGGUCUCUUCGACUAAGGGUGCAAUGUAGUAGUCGACGUGUAUCUUUCUUCGAACGCCAAAAGCCAUCUUUGAAUUUCGAACGUCGGGUCUUCCUGUAAGCGAGGAUACUCCGAGCCAUGAUCGAUUUUGUUGGGAGCCCGAUUAGGCGACGUCGAUGACUUCAUCUGCUCGUAGUGUUACUUUCAGGUUACAACGUUCACAUAUCGUUCCGUCAGGAUCCGAUAAUCCUCCCUUCUCACACUCUAACCUCUGCGCUAUUUAAGCAUCCUCUUGUCAGCGAGCAUGGAGCCGUCUUCUCCCCGGUCGCCGUCCCCAGACAUGUUCGGAAAUGGCGCACAUCUCAUCGUUGUCUCCAAUCGACUGCCCGUUACGAUAACCAAAGAUGCGGCGGGCGAAUACCACUUCAAAAUGUCCUCCGGCGGACUAGUGUCGGCGCUCUCCGGCUUCAAGAAGUCCCUCAGCUUCACCUGGAUCGGAUGGCCUGGGUUUUACAUCCCACUGAAAGAUCGACCGCUCGUCGAUAAGCGGCUUAUGGAGGAGUACUCCUGCCAGGCUGUGUACCUAGACGACGAAGUCGCCGACCGGCAUUAUAACGGCUUCUCCAACUCCAUACUAUGGCCGCUCUUCCACUACCACCCGGGCGAGAUGAACUUUGACGAGGAGAACUGGCUCGCGUACCGCCAGGCGAAUCUCCAGUUCGCAGAGGUGGUGCGCACGCAGAUCACCCCGGGUGCGAUGGUGUGGGUGCAAGACUACCACCUCAUGCUUCUGCCCAUGAUUCUUCGGCGAUUAUUGGACGGGGCUGACCUGAGCGCGGAUUCGACGGCCCGCGAAUUGGCGAACAUCACAGAGGGAAUAUCCAUCGACGACACGUCGGCGAAGCCCUCACCCAGCGUCCCUGGCGUGAAGAUCGGCUUCUUCCUGCACACCCCGUUCCCCAGCAGCGAAAUCUACCGGAUCCUUCCGGUUCGACGCGAGAUUCUGCUCGGUAUUCUGUACUGCGAUCUCAUCGGCUUCCACACGUACGAUUAUGCUCGGCACUUCUUAUCGUCCUGCACGCGCAUUCUUGCUCUCCCCACUAUGCCGAAUGGAGUCGAGUUCGAGGGGCGACUGGCUCAUGUGGGCACCUUCCCGAUUGGGAUUGAGCCAAAUUCGUUCAUUGAGAACCUGCAAAAGGAGGGUGUCAAGUCCCGGAUACGACAACUUGAAUCUCGGUUCAGCGGUGUCAAGGUCAUCGUCGGCGUGGACCGGCUGGACUACAUCAAAGGGGUGCCCCAGAAACUGCAUGCGCUGGAGCUGUUCCUGACCCAGCAUCCGGAGUGGAUCGGCAAGGUGGUGCUCGUGCAACUUGCUGUGCCUUCGCGGCAAGAUGUCGAGGAGUACCAGAACCUGCGAUCGACUGUAAACGAGCUCGUCGGCCGGAUCAACGGGCGGUUCGGGACAGUCGAAUUUAUGCCGAUCCAUUUCAUGCACAAAAGCCUGGCGUUCGACGAGUUGUGUGCGCUGUAUGCCGUGAGCGACGUCUGCCUGGUGUCGAGCACACGUGAUGGAAUGAACUUGGUCUCCUACGAGUACAUCGCCUGCCAGCAGGCCCGACAGGGUGUCAUGAUCCUCUCCGAGUUCGCCGGCGCUGCGCAGAGUCUCAACGGAUCGCUCAUCGUGAAUCCCUGGGACUCGCAGCAAGUCGCAGAUGCCAUCCACGAAGCCGUGACGAUGGACGCAGCCACGCGAGCCGAGAACCACCGCAAGUUGUUCAAAUACGUCAACAAGUAUAGCGCCGCGUUCUGGGGAAGCAGUUUCAUCAAGGAGAUGGGGCGCAUCGAGGUCGGUGAUCUCGAGAAUGAUGGCCAGGUGGCUCAUCUGAGUGCCCGCGGUGAUGCCAUCGGCGCCGGCAGCGACAUCGUAGCUGGUUCGGUGGUCAAUACACCCGUUGCCGUGUGAGCCGAAGUUUAGAUAGAGAAAUGUAUUAUCUGUAACUAUGGACCAUGUACAUCUGGGCCUAUGGGGAGUAUAAACGAAUUUUUCCGGGUUGC